AUGGCCCUGACCACAGAGUUGAGGACACAGCUACAACUGAGAGAGGUGGCAGGGAUCCCCCUGCAGGCUAGCACUGUGGACAACUGGAGCCAGAUCCAGAACUUUGAGGCCAAGCCAGAUGAUCUCCUCAUCUGUACCUACCCUAAAUCAGGGACCACGUGGAUUCAGGAAAUUGUGGACAUGAUUGAGCAGAAUGGAGAUGUGGAGAAAUGUCAGAGAGCCAUAAUUCAACACCGCCAUCCAUUCAUUGAGUGGGCUCGGCCACCCCAGCCUUCUGGGGUGGAAAAAGCCAAAGCAAUGCCCUCUCCACGGAUACUAAGGACUCACCUUCCAGUUCAGCUCUUGCCUCCAUCUUUCUGGGGAAAUAACUGCAAGUUCCUUUAUGUAGCUCGAAAUGCCAAAGACUGCAUGGUUUCCUACUACCAUUUUCAAAGGAUGAAUCAAAUGCUUCCUGACCCUGGCACCUGGGAAGAGUAUUUUGAAACCUUCAUCAAUGGGAAAGUGGGCUGGGGUUCCUGGUAUGACCAUGUAAAGGGAUGGUGGGAGAUGAAAAACAGAUACCAGAUUCUCUUCCUCUUCUUUGAGGACAUAAAACGGGACCCAAAGCAAGAAAUUCAGAAAGUGAUGCAGUUCAUGGGAAAGAGCUUGCAUGAAACAGUGCUAGAUAAAAUUGUCCAAGAGACAUCAUUUGAGAAAAUGAAAGAAAAUCCCAUGACAAAUCGAUCUACAGUUCCCAAAUCCAUCCUGGACCAGUCCAUUUCCCCCUUCAUGAGAAAAGGAACUGUGGGGGAUUGGAAAAACCACUUCACUGUGGUUCAGAGUGAAAGAUUUGAUGAAAUCUACAGACAAAAGAUGGAAGGAACCUCAAUAAAUUUCUGCAUGGAACUCUGAACAAGAUGUACAUAGAAAGGUAGAUGACAAGAAUGGGGAAGCUAUCUUCAAUCCUUCAGUCAAGCCCAAAGAAUCUCUGAAAGCAUAUUGUAAAAAUAUACAAUUGUGGUACCACUGUCUCUGUGAUUAUUACCAACCUCAUUUUUCAAAAGGAUUAUGUCUAAUGCUUAUUUUCUCAACCAUCCUUUCCAAAGUAAGAAAUAA